AGAACUAUAAGAAAGCUUACAACAAUUUGGAAUGGAUUGAUUUAUGAUACCUCUGAUAUGUGAGAGCUACAUUUUGUGUCGCUGUUGGCCAGCUGCUGCUGGUGGACUUCAGCUGACUUCAUUGCAGCAAGCCCAACAGAUAGGUCCUCAUCGCUAAUAAAACAUAAACAAGUGUGAUGCUGAAAUGAGAUGAGGCUCCGAAAUGGAACUGUGGCCACCGUGUUAGUUUUCAUCACUACUUUCCUCAGUUUGUCCUGGUAUACUGCAUGGCAAAAUGGGAAAGAAAAGUUGAUUGCAUAUCAACGGGAAUUUCAUGCUUUGAAGGAACGUCUUCGUAUAGCUGAGCAUCGCACUCUGCAGCGCUCUUCUGAGCUGAACGCUAUCUUGGAGCAGUUCAGGCGUGCAGUAGCAGAAACAAAUGGGAGUAAGAAUGCAAUGAAUAAUUUUUCAGAUGAGACGCUGAAAUUGUUAAAAGAGCUAACAAGUAGAAAAUCUCUUCAAGUGCCAAAUAUCUAUUACCAUUUGCCUCAUUUGUUGAAAAAUGAAGGAAGCCUUCAACCUUCUGUGCAGGUUGGCCUUGGAAGGACAGGAGUUUCCAUUGUAAUGGGAAUACCUACAGUGAAAAGAAAAGUCAAGUCUUACCUUACAGAAACUCUCCACUCCCUUAUUGAUAAGCUGUCCCCUGAAGAAAAACUGGAUUGUGUUAUGGUUGUCUUUAUAGGAGAGACUGAUCUUGAUUAUGUUAACAGUGUUGUUGCAAGCCUGGAAAAAGAGUUUUCUACAGAGAUCAAUUCUGGCUUGGUGGAAGUAAUAGCCCCUCCUGCAACUUACUAUCCUGACUUGACAAACUUGAAAGAGACAUUUGGAGACUCAAAAGAGAGAGUGAGAUGGAGAACAAAACAAAACUUGGAUUAUUGUUUUCUUAUGAUGUAUGCCCAGAAAAAGGGGGUUUAUUACAUUCAGCUUGAAGAUGACAUCGUUGUCAAGCAGAAUUAUUUCAGCACAAUAAAAAAUUUUGCACUUCAGCUCGCUUCUGAAGAUUGGAUGAUUCUAGAAUUUUCUCAGCUGGGUUUCAUUGGUAAAAUGUUCCAGUCUCCAGAUAUCACUCUUAUUGUAGAGUUCAUAUUUAUGUUUUAUAAGGAGAAACCUAUUGAUUGGCUCCUGGACCAUAUCCUCUGGGUGAAAGUGUGUAACCCUGAGAAAGAUGCUAAACAUUGUGAUCGGCAGAAAUCUAACCUACGGAUACGCUUCAGGCCUUCUCUUUUCCAGCAUGUUGGCCUCCACUCCUCUCUAGCAGGGAAGAUCCAGAAACUCACAGAUAAAGACUUCCUGAAACCGUUACUGCAUAAAAUCCACGUGAAUCCACCUGCAGAGGUUUCGACAUCUUUAAAAGUCUACCAAGGGCAUACGCUAGAAAAAACCUACGUAGGGGAAGAUUUUUUCUGGGCUGUCACACCAGUUGCUGGGGAUUAUAUUCUAUUUAAAUUUGACAAGCCAGUCAAUGUAGAAAG